UAUUUUUAACCCGAUUACAAAAAAAAAAAAAAAGACAGAUAAAUUAAUUUCCUCUGUUCUUGUAGUUCUCUCCUCUUGCAAGCUGACAGAUUCCAGACACUGUCGCUGAAGUUUCCUUUUUGUUUUCUUCUAUUGCUGCCUUUCCUUCUCUUGUUUCCUUCCCUUCCUCCUCAAGAUAAAAAGGAUUUAUAGUCUGAAAUUCUUUCUCUUUAAGAUAAUUUUUCUACUUUUCUCCAAAUGGGUCUCUUGGAUUCCCUUCUAAACUGGCUCAGGAGCUUAUUCUUUAAACAAGAAAUGGAGCUAUCCCUUGUAGGCCUUCAGAAUGCUGGAAAGACAUCUCUUGUUAAUUCCAUUGCUACAGGUGGCUACAGUGAGGACAUGAUUCCAACUGUUGGAUUCAACAUGCGAAAAGUUACAAAAGGCAAUGUAACGAUAAAGCUUUGGGACCUCGGAGGGCAGCGGAGGUUUCGUACAAUGUGGGAGCGUUAUUGUCGUGGGGUCACUGCAAUUCUGUAUGUAGUUGAUGCAGCUGAUAGAGACAGCGUUCCCAUUUCAAGAAGUGAGUUACAUGACCUUCUAACAAAACCUUCUUUAAGUGGAAUCCCUUUGCUUGUUGUUGGCAACAAAAUUGACAAGUCAGAAGCUCUGUCCAAGCAAGCUUUGGUGGAUCAGCUCGGUCUUGAAUCAAUCGCAGAUAGAGAGGUUUGCUGCUAUAUGAUCUCAUGCAAGGACUCCAUAAACAUAGGCAUGGUCAUCGACUGGCUUAUCAAGCACUCAAAAACAGCAAAUUCAUCAGUAGUUUGACCUUCUCCUAGUCAAUGCUUUCUUUUACAGAAGAGAAGGUGAAGAACUUGAGCAUAGAUGCAGGGUAGGCAAUAUAGUGCUUCCUGCUGGAAUUUGUUUAUUGGUUUUUGAUUCCUUGUUUCAUUCUGAAUGUUCUGUACAGUACCAUAAUGAUUACAGCGAGUUGUUCAUGCAAUUUCUUUUAAUUUA